AUGAUAGUCUUAGCAGACAAAGAGGGAUCAGGGAAGAAGAUCUUAAUGUCCAACGCUGUCUCUGAGGAGCAGUAUCUAGUACGCCACUCUUCAACUGUCUCCCUUCUUGCCAUGGGAUACAUGAGUCAUAGUGCGGUUCAAUCUUUAGUUUUUGAGCCAUAUUCUUGUGUUGGUGUGCGUGUCUCCUCACAUGUGCACAUGUGCUUUAACGCAGAAUUUCCUAGAGCUUUCUCUAUCUUUCUCCUAGCUUGA